AUGGAAGGACUCAAGUUUGUAGUAGUUUUUGUCCUCUUGGCUUUGGCUUCUUCCCUUGCGUCUGCCUCUGACACUAGUCCUCUUCAGGAUUUCUGCGUAGCCAUCAAUGAAACCAAUGGUGUUUAUGUGAAUGGGAAAUUCUGCAAGGAUCCAAAACUUGUAACUGAAAACGAUUUCUUCUAUGCGGCCGGACUUAAUGCACGAAGCACUUCCAAUCAACUUGGUUCGACAAUCAGUUCUGUCACUGUUGAUGAAAUUCCAGGGCUCGAUACUCUUGGCUUAGCCUUAGGUCGUGCUGAUUAUGCACCAAAUGGUGGUCUAUUCCCACCCCACACGCUCCCCCGUGCCACCGAAACGCUAUUAGUUUUGGAGGGCACCCUCUAUGUUGGCUUUGUUACAUCUAACCCUGAUAAUCGACUUAUCAGCAAAGUGCUGAACCCAGGAGACGUUUUUGUGUUCCCUAUUGGACUCGUUCACUUCCAAAUAAAUAUUGGAAAAACCAAUGCAGUUGCUUAUGGGUUUUUUAAUAGCCAAAACCCUGGUCUAAUUACAGUUGAAAAUGCUGUCUUUGGAUCCAAACCACAGAUUAAUACUGAUAUUCUCGCCAAGGCCUUCCAACUGGACAAGAAGGUAGUGCAUUAUCUUCAGAAGCAAUUCGGGUUACCCAGACAUGAAACCCGACAUGAAGCAGUAUAG